ACAGAUUGUGGGCGGUACUCCUCCCGGCUUGGUCUCGCUUUCCUUGUAGUGCGGGGCUUGUCGAUGUUAGCCUCUCUGAGCUGUUGGGACUUGGGAGGUGGGAGGCUAAAGCUCCUGGAGGGCUAAAACACCCUGGGUUGGUAAUGAAACGUUAUUUUAUAAAACAACAGAGUACUUAUUUUUAAAGAACAACACCAAGUAGUAAAUACUCAAUCGGAUUUCUGAAUGGAAGCGGAUGGUUUCAUGAGCAGAAGGCUGAUGUCAGCGGAGACUCCUGGCGGGAACGGCGGGGUCGCAGGAGCUUCUGCGGGAGCAGAGAUUCGAUGGCUUGGCGGGAGGAUGUGGGGCGCUUCGGAGGGGAUUGUUGGAGGCUUGUCAUCGAGGAUUGGACUAGAGUCGGAACUUCAGACUGUUCAAGUUCGUGCCCCAGCAGAGUCAUUGGGAACUCUCGAACCAGAAGCAGAAUACGAGUGUCUCCCACAAUACGCUUCCACUAGCACUCACAUGUUAGCAGGAGCAGUCGCUGGAAUCAUGGAACACUGCUUGAUGUAUCCAGUUGACUGCGUCAAGACCCGCAUGCAGAGCCUUCAGCCGGAGCCUGCUGCCCGCUACCGCAACGUGGUGGACGCGCUGUGGCGCAUCGUCAGGACCGAGGGCGUCUGGAGGCCCAUGCGGGGGCUGAACGUCACGGCGACGGGGGCCGGGCCGGCCCACGCGCUCUACUUCGCCUGCUACGAGAAGCUGAAGAAGACCCUGGGUGACGUCCUCCACCCGGGAGCCAACAGCCAUUUGGCGAACGGAGCCGCUGGGUGUGUGGCCACUCUCCUCCACGAUGCAGCCAUGAACCCAGCAGAAGUGGUGAAGCAGAGGAUGCAGAUGUACAACUCCCCGCACCGCCACGUCUUGGACUGCAUGGCGGCGGUGUGGCGGAAAGAGGGGGCCGGGGCGUUCUACCGGAGCUACACCACCCAGCUGACCAUGAACGUGCCCUUCCAGGCCCUGCACUUCAUGACCUACGAGUACCUGCAGGAGGUGCUCAACCCCCACAGACAGUACAACCCCGGCUCCCACAUGGCCUCCGGGGCCCUGGCGGGGGCGCUGGCCGCGGCCGCCACCACCCCGCUGGACGUGUGCAAGACCCUCCUCAACACGCAGGAGGCCGCAUCGGGCGGGCGCGUCUCCGGCCUGGCGCACGCCUUUCGGACCGUGUACAGGCUGGGCGGCUUGCCCGCCUACUUCAAGGGCGUCCAGGCCCGAGUCAUCUACCAGGUGCCCUCCACGGCCAUCAGCUGGUCGGUGUACGAGUUCUUCAAGUACGCCAUCACCCAGUACCACCACGAGAAGCACCUGAGGGAGGGGGGCGCCCAGAACUAACCCCCCCCCCCCCCCGGGUCUCUCUCCGCACCUUCACCCUGUUGCCAUAACCACCCUAAUGCAGGGAGGAGAAGUCGGCAUGUCUCCCCCACCUCCCAUAAGACUACAUGAGACGCCAAGCGCACAAUAGAAGGAAGAAAUCUCCUCUUUACCCCUCCACCAGACAAAGUUUACUCAAAAGCGGCAAUGUUCCACUACGGGGCAAAGCAAACGCAAGUAUAACAUGGCACAGCACAUAAAUGAUUGAAUAGAAGUAUCGUUUAGGGCGUUGUCCAGAAAAACAACUGAAAUAUUUCCUUUGUUUUUUGUUCGCUUGUUUCGGUUCGGUUGACAAUUUCACAAGAUGCUUUCCCUUUUAAUCCCACCAGGGGACGCUGCUGUUCUCACUCUGAAAAUGCAGACAGACACACACUAAUGUCUGAUGUACACCAAUAAGUAACUGAAGUUGUGGACAAAUGUUCUGAUUGUUUUUCUCCAUUGGUUGUUAGUUUGUCAAUGGAGAUGCCCAGCCAAUCAAAGCUGCAUUUAGUUCAAUUGUGUUCAGUUUUGGUUUCAUCAUUCAAGCUCUUUAAAACGUUGAUGGUCUACUGUGCAGAAACCCAUGUUAGUAUUUGAAGCCAUAAGAUCUCAACAUUAAUAAUUGCAAUUACUGUGAUAGAUUUUGAUUUCUGCUCUUGACCUGUUGCUCCUCCUUGGUAUUACAGUGAUCAAACAAAAAACCAAAGAAUGAUCAAACCCACAUAUACAUGUCUAGAAAAAGGCCCUUGGUUUUCCCUGAUGCAUGUUUUUCCAAGUUUAGAAGCCUUUUGGUGGGAAUUGUUUUUGGAGGGGAUAUCGUACAAUGACCUCGGAGUUGCAUUCAGUUGCUGGGUAAAUAUCAGUUGUCACUUGUAGAUGGGAGAGCCACAAGGGUUCUUAUCGAACCACGCAAUAGCUGCUCAAAAAAUGUUGAAGAGAAUAAAUGCCACUGAGCACACAGUUUUGCUUGCUCUAGAUUCAUCAAGAUUUUUAUUUUGUAUUAUUUUUCUUUUUUUUAAGAGUAUUGUAAACCGAGUUGGACAACAUCGGUAUCAUGCUGGCUGCCCUGUAAAGUUUGUCUGGUGGUAAUUAAAUAUUUGGACCGGUAGUUUUCUGAAAGCUGCUUGCCCAAACUGGAACAAA